AUGAGUCUCGCGUUCGACGAGUAUGGGCGCCCCUUCAUCAUCAUCAAGGAGGGCGAGGCCAAGGGGCGGCUGAAGGGCCUCGAGGCGCAGAAGGCCAACAUCCUCGCCGCCAAGGCCCGCCGCACUCUCCACGCCCGCCGCGGCGCCGCCGUUUGCAACAUCCUCAAGACGUCGCUCGGUCCCAAGGGCAUGGACAAGAUGCUGCAGUCGCCGGACGGCGACAUGACCUCGUCGGGAGCGGUGCGCGUAGGCGCGACGAUUCUCGAGCAGAUGAAGGUCGAGCACCAGAUCGGCAAGCUCCUCGUCGAGCUCUCCAAGUCGCAGGACGAUGAGAUCGGCGACGGUACCACCGGCGUGGUCGUGCUGGCGGGCGCGCUGCUGGAGAAGGCCGAGGCGCUGCUGGACCGCGGGAUCCACCCGAUGAGAGUGGCGGAGGGCUUCGACCGCGCAUGCGCGAUUGCGGUGGAGCACCUCGCCUCCAUCUCGGACACCUUCUCGUACUCGCUCGACAACACCGAGGCGCUCGUCGAGAUCGUCAACCGCGCGCACCGGAAGAUGGGGCAGAUCGCCGUCGACGCGGUGAUGGCCGUCGCCGACUUCGAGCGCAAGGACGUGAACCUGGACCUGAUCAAGAUGGACGGCAAGGUGGGGGGCUCGCUCGAGGACACGACCCUCGUGCGCGGCAUCGUCAUUGACAAGGACAUGGCGCACCCCCAGAUGCCGAAGGACCUCAAGGACGUCAAGCUCUGCGUGCUCACCUGCCCGUUCGAGCCCCCGAAGCCAAAGACGAAGCACAAGCUCGAGCUCGAGUCGGUCGCCGCCUUCGAGGAGAUGCAGGCCAAGGAGAAGGACUACUUCACGCAGAUGAUCCGGCAGGCGCGUGCACUCUCUGCUACUCACUCUCUGCUAGCCCUCGACGCCGGCGCCAACCUGGUCAUCUGCCAGUGGGGCUUUGACGACGAGGCGAACCACUUGUUGAUGCAGAACGAGCUGCCCGCCAUCCGAUGGGUUGGCGGCGUGGAGCUCGAGCUGAUCGCCAUCGCGACGGAUGCGCGCAUCGUCCCUCGCUUCGCGGAGCUGACGGCGGACAAGCUCGGCUCGGCGGGCCACGUGCACGAGGAGGCGUUCGGGACGACAAAGGACCGGAUGAUCGUGAUCGAGGGCUGCCCAAACUCGCGCGCCGUCACCGUCUUUUGCCGCGGAGGCAACCGGAUGGUCCUCGACGAGGCGAAGCGCUCGCUGCACGACGCGAUCUGCGUGGUGCGCAAUCUGAUCCGGGACAACCGGAUCGUGUACGGCGGCGGCGCGUCGGAGAUUGCGUGCUCGCUCAAGGUGUCUGAGGCGGCGGACCAGGUCGGCACCAUCGAGCAGUACGCGAUGCGAGCCUUUGCGGAUGCGCUCGAGCAGACGCCGUGUGCGCUUGCCGAGAACUCGGGGCUGCAGCCGAUCGAGACGGUGGCGUCCGUCAAGGCUGACCAGGUGUCGAGCGGGCGGUCGUACCUGGGCAUCGACUGCAACCAGGCGGGCACCAACGACAUGAAGGAGCAGAAGGUGUUCGAGACGCUCAUCGGCAAGCAGCAGCAGCUCAUGCUCGCCACGCAGGUUGUGCGCAUGAUCCUCAAGAUUGACGAUGUCAUCGAGCCCGCCGCCUUCAACGGCUGACGGCCUCCCCCUCCGCUCUACCCCCUUCUGACUCUCCCGCCGCCGCGACCGGGCGCAGGGUGGCGGGGGGGCGCCGCCCGCGCCGCGCGAGCGAGACGACGGGCAGCGCCGCGCACACGCCCCUGCGAGCGAGCGCGCGAGGUACGGUUCUCUGGAGAGAGACUCAAACAGCGCGGUGAGGCCCCGCGAACAGAGGUUGAGAGAGUCUAUCAGUGUGCUCUAUAUCGGAGUAUAGUAUGACUACUGAGUACUGUAA